GUGAGUGAGGCUUCUCAGUAGUGCAUUCCUUCCUUCAUUCACUUUGCCCUGAUCAGGGACGCAUGUGACUUCAGUGUGGCUUCAAGGAGUGCUGUGUCAACACUAAUAUGGCACUGGCUAUCUGUCUCUGUUGGAGCUCCCUGUUCCUUGUAGCUGCUCAUGCAGUCCCACGUUCGGGCCGCGCACCACCUGCCAAAGUGCGUUUGGCAGGAAUUGGGCACAGAGACAAUGAAGGUCGCAUUGAAGUGCUACACAACAGUACAUGGGGAACUGUGUGUGAUGACGAGGUUGACAUUAAACUGGCAAAUGUGGUUUGUAAAGAACUGGGCUUCCGUGGGGCCAUCACUUGGGCACACAGUGCCAAAUAUGGAGAGGGAGAUGGUCCUAUUUGGAUGGAUAAUGUCCGCUGUGAUGGUUCAGAGAAAUCAUUGAAAGAGUGUAAGUCAAAUGGAUGGGGUGUCCACGACUGCAAACACUCAGAGGACCUUGGAGUAGUGUGUAAUCCUGAGAGAAGGCUGGACCAAGUGGUUUCUGGAGGGCCUAGAAGAAGCCCUCCCACUAGAGGCAAUGUUCCUACCUUAAACCAGUGGCAUGACAUCUACUCCAAUUCAAUGGCCCCCUGGCAGGUUCAGUUAUCCAGGCACCGGUUACAUGAUCCGUCUGGCAGUAAAGUGAAGAUUCAGGAAGUCCGUUUGCGGCCAGUUUUGAUGGCUACGAAGAAACAUGCAAUAGUGACGCAGGGUGUGGUGGAAGUGAAGCAUGCUGGGAGAUGGAGGCAGGUGUGUGACAAAGGCUGGAGUCUGAACAGCAGCAGGGUUGUGUGUGGCAUGCUGGGAUUCCCUGAUGCAGUGCAGACCAACAUGAAGGCUUACAAAAAAAUAUGGGACAAAAAAGUUAAGGAUCCAUCUACCAGGCUGAGUUUUAUAGCCAAAAAGAAGAGUUUUUGGGUGGAGAAAGUGCAUUGCCUUGGUACAGAGCCCAGCCUGGCAGAGUGUCAUGCCCAGCUCUCCAUUCCUCACAGUUCUACCCCAUGUAAAAAUGGACGCUAUUCAGUGGCCCAUUGCAAACUAGGACCGCAAUUUUCACGCAUGUCCUCAGGGAGACCUCAAGCCCCACAUCCUAUCAAGCCGGCAGUGCGUUUGAAGUCAGGACCUCGCUUGGGUGAGGGCAGGGUGGAAGUUCUGCUUGAAGGAAAGUGGGGAACUGUGGUUGAUCAUCUUUGGAAUCGUGCCUCUGCCAGUGUGGUGUGCAGAGAACUGGGUUUUGGUACUGCCAAAGAGGCUCCUACAAGAGCCCACAUGGGUCAAGGAACUGGGCCAAUCCAUAUGAACUCAGUUCAAUGUACAGGAAGAGAGAGCUCCAUCUUGGAUUGCCAUUUCCAACCAGUCCAGCCGUGGACAUUCAAACACACCCAAGAUGCAUCUGUCAGAUGUAAUGUUCCCAAGACAGGCUUGGAAACCACAGUGCGGUUAGUAGGGGGCAGAGAUGUGGCAGAAGGCCGUGUGGAAGUGCUCAUGGAUGUUGGGGGCAGGAAGCGCUGGGGAGCAGUGUGCAGUGAAAACUGGGGCAUUAAUGAGGCAAUGGUAGUGUGCAGACAGCUGGGCUUUGGCUUUGCUGCACGUGCCCACGAGGACACAUAUUACUGGCCUGGGGACCCUAAUGCUCAUGAAGUGCUGCUGAGUGGGACUCACUGUGUGGGCACUGAACUGUCCAUUCAGCAAUGUCGUCGAAACAGAAAUGUAUACUGUCCCCGUGGAGGAGGACCCAAAGCAGCCGGAGUCACCUGCUCAGAAGUUGCCCCUGACCUGGUGGUGGAUGCACAGUUGGUGCAGGAGUCAGCAUAUCUGGAGGAUCGACCACUUCACCUGCUCACCUGUGCCCAUGAGGAGAACUGCCUGUCAUCUUCAGCUAGCCGCAUGAACUGGCCUUAUGGACACAGGCGUCUACUGCGUUUCUCCUCCCGCAUCAUGAACCUAGGGAAAGCCGACUUCAGGCCCAGAGCUUCACGAGAAUCCUGGACAUGGCACCAAUGCCACAGGCACUACCACAGCAUUGAAGUGUUUACACACUAUGACCUUCUCACACUCAACGGAACCAGAGUGGCAGAAGGGCACAAAGCCAGCUUCUGUCUGGAGGACACGUAUUGUCCUGAAGGACUUCAGAAACGCUUUUUAUGUUACAACUAUGGAGAUCAAGGAAUUUCAAUGGGUUGCUGGGAUACUUAUCGUCAUGAUAUUGAUUGCCAAUGGGUAGAUAUCACAGAUGUCCGGCCAGGAGAUUAUAUCUUCCAGGUGGAAGUAAAUCCAUCACUGGAUAUGGCUGAGUCAGACUUCAUGAAUAAUGUAAUCCGCUGUAAGUGCAGAUAUGAUGGUCACAGAAUCUUCAUGUAUGGCUGUCAUGCAGGAGAUGCCUAUAGUGCUGAGAUCGAAGACUUGUUUGAACACCAGCAUCAGAUCACUAAUAACUUCCUCUGAGCCAUUUGUGGACAGCAGACGCUGUGACCUGUUACACUAUGGACUUUGAAAAAACAUCAUCUCUUUACUAUUUACAAACACAUCUGCAUUGUGCAAAAUGCAUUUAUAAGUGGAGAUGGAGUUUAAGUUACUGAAAAUGACUAAAAGAGAAGGAGACUUGUUUAUAUUCACUGACAAUUUUAUUGAAUGGUGGUGAAUGGACGUAAAAAUGAUAUCAAAUUCUAAUAUAGACAUAUCUCUGGAUUACUGGAUUUAGGUCUAGACACCUAUUACCCAUUUUUAUCUGAAUAUAUCAUUGGAUCUUAUUUACUGGCUUCCAGUGAAUUUUAUUACAGUACAUUCAGUAAUAUUCUUUGAGUGUUGCACUUUAUUUCUUGACCAUCAGUAUUCUGAUAGAAAUUGUCCCAUCAUCACCACAGGCUCAAUUUAGUGGUCUUUGUUCAUUUUUUUGUUUAUUUGUUGUCUUAUUCAGUAUUUGCCCCCCUCAUAUUUCUUCCUUUCUUUUCUUUCUUCCUUUCCAUCAAGCUAAUUAAUUUGGGAAGUUCCUGAAGUGGUUAUACCUUAUUAUAUGCAUUGUACUGUACAAACUGCAGAUUAAUUUAUUUAAUGCUUUGUUGAACUCAUUUUAUAUUUGAAUGGAGGAAAGCUUAUUUUAUUAAUCUUUAAAUUUAAUAAACAUGUAUGAGAUAUAGUUACUGUUUUAAUUCAGAAACAUCUUGAACUAAAUGAACAUGAAGCCUCAAUCCAUCAAGAGCCUGAAGCACAAGAAUACAAGAAGUGCAAGUUACAUGUUGUUGAUGAUCAUGAUCAUGUUUAUAAAGUUUGAUAUAAGAAAAGACCACUGGAUGGAGAAAACCAAAAUGUUUCUGCAUUUUGCAGAGGCUCAGGCUCACAGCAUUUCAAUAUAAUAUAAAAUCUUUGGUCUUUUCUUCAUUUGGCCUAGGAUGAUGAUUUGGCAAAAAUCAGCUUUAAACUAAAGCAACUUGGAAGCAUAAAUGUAUUUAUUAAUGGAGAAAACACCUAUAUUGAUGAGUAUUGUAUUAUUAUUUCACACAUAUGAAGCUUUGGCCUCUUUAAUACCUCAGCAGCUUCCCUUUGAUGAAAUUUACUAGCAGCCACUAACUGCAUAAACAUUUUAGACCAAAAACUGUAUUGUACACCUCAAUGGCAUUUUAGAGUUUUAUAGAGUCUUGUAGAUUUAAGUGAGUUUUUCACCAGCUUAUAAAAAUUCCCUAUGUGAUACACUUUUACUACAUACUGUAGUUAUUAUGUUUUAAAAGGUGCCAAAUGACUUACUGUUAUUUUCUUAAUGUAUUGAGUACUCUAGGAUUCUGGAGACAUUGUUUUCUACAUGUUUACUUAUACAUGCUUUUAUAAUGUACUCUGAAACAUUUUAUUCUCCAGUUGUUUAUUAUUUAUUUUGAAGCCCUCAUCACACAAUACUGUAUUCCCAGUAUAAGGAAGCUGUGUGAAUUGUUGCUAGGCAAGGUUUUAUUUGUUCACUUUUGCUGAAACUCAAACAGUGUCCUCAGCUUAGUAUAAACUAAAGCUCUUUUAUCCCAUUUGCUCUCAGGGAUGAACUGCAUAUGUGAUUGGUCUUGUUAAAUAUUGUAGUCAAAUGUUUGGUCAAAUUAAAGGUUUUGAAGCAUACUGAAACAAUUAGAAAUCAAUAAUCAAAGCCAUUUCAGAUGCUGUGGAUCGUGGGUUCUGAUUUUUUUUUUUUUUUUGUUAUUUUUGUUAUAUUGUCAUAAAGGUGGCUUCUCACUGGUUGGCAGUCACUGCACUAAUAUUAGGUUAAUGCAAAGACUGUGUUCUAAUGUGAAUGGAAAUAACUAAUCAGGUGUAAGUCAGCUAAAUGAAUAAAUUAUCACUAAAUAGUAGUAUGUUUUGACCAAAAUGUAUGUUCCUACUUUGUAGUGGUAAACACAAAGCAACAAAAGACACAUGAAUA